AUGUGGAGCGGUGGCUCUCAGAGCUGCGAUGUUCCGCGCUUCCUGGAAGAGCAAAAGGCGAAACAUGGAUGUUUUCUUGCAUGUGUGAUCCGAAGGGCUUCUCUUAGCGCGUUUUCGUGUGGGCUCUGGAGAGAGGAGGCUGUGGGAGGGAGGGGAGGGAGGGGCGACAUACCAGAGCCUGGGAAAACUGAAAAGUGGGAGCUUGGACUUGGCAACGAAGCCCUGGAUUCACCUAGAAGAUGUGAGACAGAUUCUCCAGUCCAUUCUUCAUCUGUCUCAGAGAGAGAUUCAUGCAAAGGGAGCAAAAGACAGAGAUAUGGAGUCCUCAGCAGUGAUUCCUUUUCCUCUUCCGAUGAUGAUGAUGAUUUUGAAAUACAGAAGAAAAAGAGAAAUUUAAGGAGGUUAAUGAACAGAUCUCUUCUGGUCAGCUUUCAGAAGUGUGCCUCAACAGGAGUUGACAAGGAUACCAUGAAAACUGGAGGAAGUCUGGCUGACAUGGAACAAAUGCAAAUAGAUGGUUCAGUACAGUUUGAUGGCGUGGGUGGUCUUUCUGACCACAUUUCAUCUUUAAAAGAGAUGGUCAUUUUCCCAUUGCUUUAUCCCGAAAUCUUUGAGAGAUUGAAAAUUGAACCUCCAAGAGGCUGUCUAUUCUAUGGUCCACCGGGGACAGGAAAGACACUGCUUGCUCGUGCACUUGCUAAUGAGUGCAGUCAAGGUGACAUGAGAGUGACCUUUUUUAUGAGAAAAGGUGCUGAGUGCCUGAGUAAAUGGAUAGGAGAAUCUGAACGACAGCUUCGUACAUUAUUUGAGGAGGCCUACCAGAUGCGACCUUCAAUUAUUUUCUUUGACGAGAUUGAUGCUUUGGCUCCUGUACGGUCCAGUAAACAAGACCAAAUUCAUAGCUCUAUUGUGGGGACACUUCUGGCACUUAUGGAUGGCUUAGCCAGCAGAGGAGAGGUUGUGGUGAUAGGAGCCACCAACAGACUGGAUUCUAUAGAUCCUGCUUUGCGAAGACCUGGGCGCUUUGAACGAGAAUUCCGCUUCAGUUUGCCAAACAAAGAGGCCAGAAAAGAAAUUUUCAAAAUUCACACACGAGACUGGAAGCCGAAGCCUUCCGACCACUUACUUGAAGAGCUGGCUGAAGAAUGUGUUGGAUACUGUGGUGCUGAUAUUAAAGCCUUAUGUGCCGAAACUGGUCUCUGUGCUUUGCGGCAUCGCUAUCCUCAGCUAUACGAAAGCAGACAGAGACUGCAGAUAAACAUGGAUUCAAUUAAAAUAAAAGCAAAUGAUUUUUCCAUGGCCAUGCAGAAGACUGUUCCAGCUUCACGGAGGGCUGUGCCUUCCCCUGGGCAAGCACUAUCAGCUAUUUCAAAGCCACUGUUAGAAGACACCCUGGAAAGGAUUUUACAAACCUUGCAGAGAGUAUUUCCCCAUGCUGAGCUUGCACUAAAGAAGGACCAACAGCAAGGCUCUUUAAAUCCUGUUUUAGGAAAUUAUGUGAUUGAUAGUGAUGAGGAAUCACCAACAAUUUCUGAAGAGAAGCAGACCCAUAAAACAUGUGAUCACAAGAAGGCAGAAUUCCUCACUUUCAGCAGAAAUCCUCGUGACCAACCAACAUCUUACAGGCCACGCUUCUUGCUAAUUGAAGAGCCAGGAUCUGGGCAAGCUUCUGAUUUGGCAGCUGCAGUAAUACAUUCCCUGGAGAAGUUUCCAAUUUAUUCACUAGAUACACCAACUUUGUUUGCUAGCACAUUACCAGAUGAGACAUGUGUACAGUUGAUGCGAGAAGCUCAGAGAUCAGCACCGAGUAUCAUAUAUGUCCCACAAAUCCCUUCAUGGUGGGACACUAUUGGAACUACACUGAGAUCUGUUUUUACAACACUACUGCAGAACAUCCCAAGGUUUACUCCAGUUUUAUUCCUUGCAACAUCUAAUGUACAACUGAGAGAUCUCCCAGAAGAGAUAAAAGCAUUGUUUAAUAAUGAAUAUGAAGAAGUUUUCAGAAUCCCACGUCCAACCUGUGCUGAGAGAAGACGUUUUUUUGAGGACUUAGUUAUGAAGCAAGCUGCUCAACCUCCUGCAUUAAAAACCAACACAACUUGCCAGCCUUUGGAAGUGCUGCCUGUAGCACCACCACCUAAGCCUCGAAAGCUGACAGAGGAAGAAAUAAGACAGUUGGAAGAGCAGGAAGAGGAUACACUGCGUGAACUCAGGAUUUACUUAAGAGAUGUGGCUCAAAGACUUGUCAUUGACAAACGUUUCAAAGUGUUUACAAAGCCCAUUGUCUCAGAGGAGGCACCCAAUUACAAGGACACCAUUAAACAGCCCAUGGACCUCUUGACAGUUCUCUCCAAGAUUGACAUGCACCAGUACUUAACAGCAAGAGAUUUUCUGAAGGACAUCGAUCUAAUCUGUAACAAUUAUUUAGACUACAAACCAAAUAAAGGGCCUGCAGAUCAUUUCCUGAGGCACAAAGCUUGUACUUUGAGUGAUACUGCAUAUUCCAUAGUGAGGAAUGAAAUGGAUGAAGGGUUUGAGCAACGCUGCCAAAAAAUUAAAGACUCUCGUAAGGAAAGAGGUAUGUUUUUUGAUGCUCAGGAUUUUAGACUUGUCUCACGCUUUGUAACCAUUCACACAAGACCCAAUUCUUUGCUCUGUGGGUAUAAGAAAGCAAACCCAAAGUGUAAUGAGAAAUGGAAGAUGCCCACAGCACCUGUGGACACUAGUGCCUCCUGCUCUAAUGAUAAGUCAAAAAGAAAAUGCAAAAUGAAGGAAGACUCUUCAAGUGUCUCAGUAAAGAGGGAGAAUGUUCAGUUUGUAUCCUCCCAGGACAGUCCUAUGAAAGAACAUGAAAAUGUACUUCAAGGACAACAGAAAAAUGUGACAGAAAAUGAAAGUGCGAGAGUGACCCUUGUGGCUAAAUCCCCUGCUGGAGAAAAGAGUGUUGUGCUUCCUGAAUGUUCAGACCUAAGAGAGGAGAGUGAAAUGCCAGAUUGCCAAAUAGCCAGAACUGUUGAAGAUGCAGGCUCAAGUGAUUCACAAGUACAUCAUACAACUUGUGUGGGACAUUCUCAAGGGGAUGAGCAACUGCAAGUAUGUGAAGAAGCAAAGAAAAUUCACACACAGGGAGUGUCUGUGGAUUACUCCGAACUUAGACGAGUGCUGGAUUUGGUCAUUGUGGCAACUGAGAAUGUCAGUAUAUCUCGCAUGGAAAGACUCUAUGCUCUUCUUAGCCAGUGCAUUUACCGACAUCGGGAAGACGAUGACAAAACUGAGUUAGUGAAGGCAAUGGUGAAAGAAAUUGCAAUGUUAAGUUAUCUGUGA